GCCAGCCUGCCCGUGGCGCGGCCGAGGGGACCAGCCACCUUGGGUGGCGAGGAGGCUCUAGGACCCAGGGGAACGCGGGCAGCCGGGCUCUCGGAGCCAGAUUGCAAAUUCUUCUCCGUGACUCAGUCGGCUCCGCGCAGCGCACAGUAGGCGGCAGCGGCGGCCGGAGCGGAGAAUACCGAGCAGCAGAGCGCCAAGAUGGAGUACGAGUGGAAACCUGACGAGCAGGGGCUCCAGCAGAUCCUACAGCUGCUCAAGGAGUCGCAGUCCCCGGACACUACAACGCAGAGAGCCGUGCAACAAAAACUGGAACAACUCAAUCAGUAUCCAGACUUCAACAACUACCUGAUAUUUGUUCUUACAAAGCUAAAAACUGAAGAUGAACCAACAAGAUCACUGAGUGGUCUCAUUUUGAAGAAUAAUGUCAAAGCUCACUUUCACAACUUUCCUAAUGGAGUAACUGACUUCAUUAAAACUGAGUGCUUAAACAAUAUUGGUGAUUCCUCUCCACUAAUCAGAGCCACUGUGGGUAUCUUGAUUACAACCAUUGCCUCAAAAGGAGAAUUGCAGAACUGGCCUGAACUUUUACCAAAGCUUUGUAGCCUGCUUGAUUCUGAAGACUACAAUACUUGUGAGGGUGCAUUUGGAGCUCUUCAGAAGAUUUGUGAAGAUUCAGCCGAAAUCUUAGAUAGUGAUGCUUUAGAUCGUCCCCUCAAUAUCAUGAUCCCUAAGUUUCUACAGUUCUUCAAGCACAGCAGUCCAAAAAUAAGGUCCCAUGCAGUUGCUUGUGUCAAUCAGUUUAUCAUCAGUAGGACUCAAGCCCUUAUGCUGCACAUUGAUGGAUUUAUUGAGAAUCUGUUUGCAUUGGCUGGGGACGAGGAGCCUGAAGUACGUAAAAAUGUCUGUCGGGCUCUGGUAAUGCUGCUGGAAGUUAGAAUGGACCGUUUACUUCCUCAUAUGAUUAGUAUUGUUGAGUACAUGCUGCAAAGAACUCAGGACCAAGAUGAAAAUGUGGCUUUGGAGGCUUGUGAAUUCUGGUUGACUUUGGCUGAACAGCCAAUUUGUAAAGAUGUACUAUAUCGGCAUCUUACAAAGUUGAUACCCGUCCUAGUAAAUGGUAUGAAAUAUUCAGAAAUAGAUAUCAUUCUGCUGAAGGGAGAUGUUGAAGAAGAUGAAGCAAUUCCAGACAGUGAACAAGAUAUAAGGCCCCGGUUUCACCGUUCACGAACAGUAGCUCAGCAGCAUGAAGAAGAUGGUAUUGAAGAAGAGGAGGAGGAAGAAGAUGAGCUUGAUGAUGAUGACACUAUUUCUGACUGGAAUUUAAGGAAAUGUUCAGCUGCUGCCCUUGAUGUCCUUGCCAAUGUAUUCCGUGAUGAGCUGCUACCACAUAUUUUGCCCCUUCUAAAAGAAUUGCUUUUUCAUCCUGAAUGGGUGGUGAAAGAAUCAGGCAUCCUUGUUCUAGGAGCAAUUGCUGAAGGUUGUAUGCAGGGUAUGAUUCCAUAUCUUCCCGAGCUAAUCCCUCACCUUAUUCAGUGCCUCUCUGAUAAAAAGGCUCUUGUGCGCUCCAUUACUUGCUGGACUCUUAGUCGCUAUGCACAUUGGGUAGUCAGUCAACCCCCCGACACAUACUUGAAGCCAUUAAUGACUGAGUUGCUAAAGCGUAUCCUUGAUAGUAACAAGAGAGUACAAGAAGCUGCCUGCAGUGCCUUUGCUACUCUAGAAGAGGAGGCUUGUACAGAGCUUGUUCCUUAUCUUGCUUAUAUACUUGAUACUUUGGUAUUUGCAUUUAGUAAAUACCAGCAUAAGAAUCUGCUCAUUCUUUAUGAUGCCAUAGGAACUUUAGCAGAUUCUGUAGGCCAUCAUCUAAACAAACCAGAAUACAUUCAGAUGCUUAUGCCUCCAUUAAUCCAAAAAUGGAACAUGUUAAAGGAUGAAGAUAAAGAUCUUUUCCCUUUAUUAGAGUGCCUGUCUUCGGUUGCCACUGCCUUGCAAUCUGGCUUCCUUCCAUACUGUGAACCUGUCUACCAGCGCUGUGUGAACCUGGUACAGAAGACUCUUGCACAAGCCAUGUUGCAUAAUGCUCAACCAGACCAGUAUGAAGCACCAGAUAAAGACUUCAUGAUUGUGGCUCUUGAUUUACUUAGUGGUUUAGCUGAAGGACUUGGGGGCAACAUUGAACAACUAGUGGCUCGGAGCAAUAUCCUGACACUGAUGUACCAGUGUAUGCAGGAUAAAAUGCCUGAGGUACGACAGAGUUCUUUUGCUUUGCUAGGGGAUUUGACAAAGGCAUGUUUUCAACAUGUGAAACCCUGCAUUGCUGAUUUCAUGCCAAUUUUGGGAACCAACCUAAACCCAGAGUUCAUUUCUGUGUGUAACAAUGCCACAUGGGCAAUUGGAGAAAUUUCUAUUCAGAUGGGUAUAGAGAUGCAGCCUUAUAUCCCUAUGGUCUUGCACCAGCUUGUAGAAAUCAUUAACAGACCCAACACACCAAAGACUUUGUUAGAAAACACAGCAAUAACAAUUGGUCGUCUUGGUUACGUUUGUCCUCAAGAGGUGGCCCCCAUGCUACAGCAGUUUAUAAGACCCUGGUGCACCUCUCUGCGAAACAUAAGGGACAAUGAGGAAAAAGAUUCAGCGUUCCGUGGGAUUUGUACCAUGAUUACUGUCAAUCCUAGUGGAGUAGUCCAAGACUUUAUAUUUUUUUGUGAUGCUGUUGCAUCAUGGAUUAGCCCAAAAGAUGAUCUCCGAGACAUGUUCUGUAAGAUCCUUCAUGGAUUUAAAAAUCAAGUUGGAGAUGAAAAUUGGAGGCGUUUCUCUGACCAGUUUCCUGUUCCUCUAAAAGAGCGCCUGGCAGCUUACUAUGGAGUUUAACCUCAUGUAUUCAAGCUGCAGUACCAUAAUUAGAGGUCCUUCAGCCUGGAAGACUGGGAGGAAGCCUCUGCACCCAGGGAAAAAUGUUACCCUUUACUGGGGGGAAGGGUAAACCAGUAGGGAAUACAGUACAAUCCCAAGCCUACUGGGAGGGGCGGGAGGGAGGUGUUGCCGUCACUGUAUUAAGCCGAUGUUGGGAAAUGUUUUAACAUCUGGAGCUUUUGUGGGUGGAAAUCUGUCUCCUGUUACAAUUCUGCACUGGAUGUGAAGAUGCGCAAAAAAGUCUGUUCACAACAGCACAUUCUGCAAUAUUAUGGGGAAUUGUACCAAAAUGAAAUUAUAAAAUAGAUCCAUAGGGAAUAUGUAAAGAGAAAAUACAUUGUGUUCAUGCGAUAAAGGAAACAGAAGAAUGGCAAUUACAGACAGUUAAAGGUAUAACAAGGGGUUUCUGCAUUGUUUCAUCUUGAUGGGAUUCCUAGGUAUUGCAUGUUGAUGAAGAACUAAACAAAUGAAGUUAGUACAGUUAAGGUGAAGCUUGCUACCUGUAUUAGGAGUAAGCACUUGCAGUGUACAAAUUUAAAUAACCCCAUAAUGAAGUAAUAAAGGUUAAAGCAAACAAAUGAAGCAACCUGCAAGAUGCCAAAUAAGUCACUCCUUUUCAUUUUUGGGUGGGGGGGGACGGGCAUUUCAGAAGAAAGAUUAAUCUUUUUAAUUUUACAUUUAAAAGGUAGUAGAUAUGAUUUGAUGGUUGUACUUCAUUAGAUUUAAUUUCUAGAGUAAGGCAUAAUUCUUAAAUGUGCAGUUUAAGGUUCAGGCAUGCAUUUUGGAUCAUAGUGAUCAAGCAUAUUUUUAGUGGGAAAGUAGCAUGCUUGCAUCAAGGAGUGAGAGUGGUAUACAUUACUUACUUUGCGCCAGUUUUGUGUUGCAGUUUACCAAUUCGUGCAGUAUAACCCUGCAUUUAAAAUUCCUUUAAAAUUCUGUGGAUUUUAUUUUUAUUAAGAUAUAAGUAUAAAAUACUGUAGUUACAAUUAGGCCUCAAAAUAACUUUUAGGAUCUCUUAGGAAUACGAUUGAUAUUGUAUUGUGUAACCUGCACAAUGUGGAAAGCAGAUAUAGCUGUGCAAAGUAUUGCCUCUGUGCUGUCAGUGUGAUGUGCUUUCUGCAUGGUUAUACUAUUAGUGAUUUUUAUCAAAUCUUCUAAAAUGAGUUAUAAGGUAAGACCUGUUAAAGGUUACAUAAAUGUUAGUUGAUGCCUAAAGACAAUUGUAGAAAAUUGAUGACAUGAUUGCUACAUUUCUGUGUUUAUUCACACCCAACAUAUUAUAUUUUAUUAUUCCCCUCCCCCCCAAAGCAUGAUCUUAAAGAGAUGCAUAAGUUAGUAUAUGUAAAGCAGGGUAUCUACACUGUAUCGGCGCAUGUUGGUGGCCCAUUGUGUCCUAGAGAGAGCACACAGGGGUGCAAGUUAAAAGCUACAGAGUGAAUGUUCGUUUGGAUCCUUUUCAUUUCAUUUGUUUAGCUUUUCUGCUUCCCUUUUCUAUUUGCUUGUAUUUCUGUGAAUAAAUCCUUGUUAAGUUUACCUUUCACUUUUCUUUCCAUGUGUAUUUUCUUAUGUACUGUGAAUGUGAAAAUCUAACUGGUACACUUGAUUUUGUGUUACUAUAAAAGUGAAAGUGUGAUAAAUUUAGGUUGCAUAAAGAGUAUCCCAUGAUGAUAAAGGAAAAUGGAAAGAAAAUAACUCUGCUGGUCAGAGAUGAAGCCACACUUUUCCAUUUUCCCUUAAGUGCUGCAAAAUUAAUCUGUGCAAAAAAGAAAAGAAAAGCCAUAACAACCGCCUUACAUUUUAGCUUCUCAUCUUUACAUUGAAAAAACAUACUGGAUAAGCAUUUUUGUAGAGAUUGACUUUGCAUGAUUUUGAUUAUUGUAUGAUUUAGCCAUUGCACUGAAGUUCAAUCUUGUGUGAGUGUGAAUUUAUGAAAUCUUAUUUCAGGUUUUUGUUUAAUGCAUGGGAGCAUGCACAAGUCCUAUACAUUCCUUUUUUUUUU